GCUCACAGAAAGUGUCAGGCCACACAAAAAUUCAAAGAAAUGAAAACAUCUGCCAUCAAACUUCAAUCUUUCAUACGACAUUGUCUAGUCCAGAAGAGGUACAUUAAAAUCAAGAAGUCGGUGUUUAUUAUACAAACACAAUAGAGAGCGUACGUUGAAAUGAAACUGGCACAGAAAAACUACUUCGUUCUUAGAGUAGCUGUCAUUACAAUUCAAGCUUGGUUUAGGGGUUACUUGAUUCGCCAAGAAUACAGAAAACAGAAAGCGGCCAUUGUCAAAUUACAGUCAGGUACCAGAAAGAUCCUCUGCCAGAGCAGAUAUGGAAAACAGAAACAUACCGUGAUUGGACUUCAGAGAAAAUUUCGUGCAGCAAAAGUUAGAAAGGAAUUCUUAAUUGCCAAGGACGCAGCCAUCAAAAUCCAAGCCCACUAUAGAAUGCAUCGUCAGCAGCUAAACUACAAUAGACAGAGGCAAGCAGUUAUCCACAUCCAAGCUUUGGUCAGAAAGCGUGUUGUUGUCCAAAGAUUUAAAAAGUUGAAGAAAAACACGGAGGAGAUGAAGAUGAAAGAAGAAAAGAGUCCAAAAGAAGAAAAGAAAAAAUCAAAGAAAUUAGGGAGAAUGAAAAAAUUCAGAAAGUGGCUGAAACGAAAGUUUUGUUGUGGAUCAAUCUUGCAGUUGAAGAGGUAA